AUGCCAAAAACCAUCACCAUCGACUCUCACCACAUUCCACUUCUCGAAAGCUUUCUGGAAACAAUCCAGCUGCACAUUGAGGAACUCAUGGUGACUCUCAACAAGCUCACCGAAGUCCGAGAGCAUGUACCCCAGUCACAGACUCAAAAGUGUGCCAACGUGGACAACCUCAUAAAGUACAUCAGUCUCGAAGCCUGUUGGCACAUGCGCACCUUCAACACUUACAAAGAGAUUCGAGAUAUGGUCCGGCCUUCUGCCGAGACCCCUGAUAAUGUUGAUGAUCUUACUUAG